AUGAUCAUCCACCAGCCCACACUCUCUCGUCCAACCUCUCCCAGCAACACCGCCAAUCCUCAGCCGCCCAGAUCUCUGUCAUCAGCAUCCCUCGGACCCCAUUCGGCCCAGCAACCACCUCAUCCGUCUCACCACUAUCCUUCGUCGCCUAACUGCAACAGCAGCCCGUCGAACUCAGCCUCAAAUUCACCCCUGCUCUCACCCAACAGACUGCCCGCCUCCAUGUCCCUGGCCCCCUUCACACCCGCCCCACCCAGCAAGCCGACAUCCUCAGUCUCAUCCCCCACCUCGGCCAAUCCUACCUACCGAGCCCUCCGUCCCCGCCGCUCGGCAGCUUCACUGAGGUCCAUACCCGAGCAUAGGGGCAAGGAAGUUGAUCAGCCACCCCUACCAGUCCCCGCUACACCGUGGAUCGAACCUGCCACUCCCGGGUUCUUGAAUACCCUGGGCGAACCUCACUCCUGCUCAAGCUCCCCAGCCAGCACUGAACCCCCCGAUUCGACCCCACAUGGAACCCAGUACUCUCCCUCCGUAGACCCAGCACAUCUCCAACCCCAGCAGCCAUCGAGCCCCUACCAAACUCGGAUCGACGAACAAUUUGCCACCGGCCCUCACACCGUCCCUGGACCGCGUGAUCAGCGCUCGCUUUCAAGAUAUCGACUGGCGUCGCAACCACUCUCCUCUCGGCACUCUGAGGGAAGUCAGUACGCGUCCUCAUCCAACUGGACUCCCUCCUCAACUACUGGCUCACGCAUCGGAUUCGACUCCACAGCCAACGGAAUGCGUAGUAGCAUUGCCAGUCGGGAUUCGAGGUUUACCGCCGAAACCGAUUACGAUGACUACUGCCACCCGAAGCCGAUAGUCCUCCAGCAAGCCUCACAAAACGUCCCUGGCGCGCAUUCGCACCCCCUCAACCUCUCUGUCUCAGCAUCUUGGCAUAGUGGUGAUCAACCCAACCACAAACCAUCCGGCCUCGGCCCGACUGCACCCAUCAAGUCCGGCCCAACCAAAACUGCCCCAACCUUACUCUCCCUCAUAAACCUCGACCAAACCCCGCGGAGUGCAAACGACAUGGUCGGCCUCGGUAUCACAUCUGAUGAAACUAUCAGCGUCACUCGGGGCUCUCGUAGCCCCAGUCUUACUGGGCCCAUUGAUCUUCCGCGCGCUGGGGUCAACCAUCAAGCCAACACGAAGACCAGUCGAAUGGCUCGCUCUGCAUCUUCCUCAGUCUCCAACGGCACAAGUAUCAACCCAUCUCCCUUCAAUCCGAUGUAUGCUCAACAGCAGAACGCGCUCAACCUCAACUUACGCCCUAGCCGCGUGCUCACUCCACUUGGUGACCGAUCUACUCCCUCCAAGACUGCUUAUCCCGACACUGGCGAGUCCCCGAACGUUCGGCCGGGGAACUUGUACAUCCCACCGAAUUCUCUGGGACAAGCUGGACUUCCCUAUGACAAUUCAAACCCUUCAAGCUCGGCCAGCAGUCGCAACACGCCCUCUAAUGGACAUCCGUCAACUAUGGGUGCUAAGCCCCGGAGAAAUCCAGCAGCCAGCACCCCCGAACCGGCGUCUGAUCAGCGCGAGAAUUUCACAACCAGAGGUCAUUAUGCCGAAGGUUCAACCGAAUCCAAACAUCGAUUCUAUCAGCACCAGUCACAUUGGGACGAUUUUGACGACCAAUCACCCUGCAUGCACAGCUCAUCACAAAUUCCCAGUCAGGCCGUUGCCCUCGUCGAAGACGGUCGAGGAUGUAUUGUCGAUAUCUCCAGCAGCAAAUCUCCAUUAGAAAAGUUGGCCGUACCCGAAGAUACGACCCAUCUACUCCUGGCUAAAACAUUUGCUCCAUUUCUUGUUGGGGCACUGUUAGCUUCGAAAUUGCCCAUCAUUGCUGCAAACUUGGUCGUCCUCGACAUUAGCGACGCUGGCCUCACUUCACUUCCGUCUGCCAUCGCCUGCUGUGAGGUACUAGAGGAGUUGAACGUUAGCGGGAACGUGAUGGCCAACGGAGAAUUGCCUGUUUUCUUAUGCAACCUCACCGCCUUGAAAGUUUUGGCCGCAGAUCGGUGUGGCUUGUAUCAGAUUGCUUAUCCCUACGGCGGUCUUACAAAUCUCCGUGAUUUAUCGGUGCGCUACAAUCACCUCAGGAGUCUUCCUUCGUGGCUUUGUCUGCUCCCUAGGCUUGAGAUUCUACUCGUCGAUGGGAACGAAUUCGAACCCCCCUGGCAAGAGCUCGUCGAACCGUUGUUGUCAUCCAGUCUGUAUGCUCGUGCCGAGCCUCAACUGCUUCCCCUUGAUCCAACCGACUCGCGUCACUUUGCCCCAUCUUACCCCUCCCCGGUCACAUCCUCGGUUGGUUCGACCCUUCGGUCCCUCCCUGAAUCCUCGCACAAUGUCCGCACGUCUCCCGAUGACCACCGGCGUAACGCAAGUGCUGAGCGUCCACACCGCGGUCGGCGUCAUCUAGCUGGUUCAGAAAGCACAUGGGUCACCUCAGCUUCAUCGCUAGCAUCUGAUCAUCCCGAUGAGAAUGGGGAACGUCCCCAGAGUGUCUGUAGUGCUGAAGGCUCCAAUCACCUCAACUCCCCACGAAGUAGUUAUCUUCGCAGGCUUCGUAGUACCAAUGAUAUGAGCGCCGGGUCUGCCUCUCGCCCCCUUUCCGCCCACGAGGCGAUAGGACAUUCAACUGCUUCGCUAAUUGACCUCAACCCGUCAAACAUGUCUCGAGAUGAUGUCGCUGAUGGCUUUAGGCCACCCGCCUCUUUCAAGGGUCAUCCUCGAAGGCCUUCUUCAUCUUCUAUCAUGCAACAGGGCAAUUUGGCCUCUCCUCUAGAGUACACAGACGGAUCGAACCAACUUGCGCCUCCUCGUCAUGAUCCGAAGGCCCUGCCUGCUGGCGAAGCUUCUCAGCUAACAUCAUCCAAUGCUGCCCAGCAAACCCGAGAACAUCAGAAGAAAUCGUUUGGUUUCCUCAAGAAAAUGAGCCUGGGUAAACUUCGCCGUGAUCCGGCUCGGCCUCGCACUGCGUCGACGGCUUCAUACAGUCUAUACGCCAGAUCAUCUGGCAAUCCUAGUGCAGAAGCUCAUUACUCGGAUCCCUCCAAGCUGAUGUCGCCUGACGGGUCGACACCUCAAGAAAGUGAUGAGCAUCCCCCAGGCGAUCGUUCAUCCAAAUCCUCAGCUGACGAAACCCAGUCUGGCUUGAAACUUGGUGAUUCUCACUCCGCUCCUAAGAGCGCCAAGAAGAGGUUGAAUAAUCGGCGUAGUUUCUUGAAGCUUGAAGAUCAUUUUGUUCCUCCAAGAUCGCCUUCUUCAAUCGCCCUUCCCGGAGUGAUACCCGAACAGGAAGAUCCCAGCAAAUCUCAGAGCCCCAAGGUGGAGCACGCAUCCUCUGCCGGUAAACCCAGCGAGCAGUCCGGAACCCGUGAUCCAAACUCCGCGACGACCGUGGCAUCCUUCCAACCGCCGCCCUCAGCAACCAAUCGAUGGACAGCGUUGCGUUCAAUCAUGAUGUACUUGAGGGAUGUUCACGAUCUUUCGGGUGACUUUGCACGUAUACCUGGAGGCUUCGUGGCCGGUGGGGCGAGACCAAUGCUUUCUACUGGUGUCAGUCGAGCCACAAGUACCAAGCACUCUCAGACUGGCUCCAGCAUGUUUACAGACGGCAGAUCAACUCCCUUAGUGCUCAACCCCCAUAGUACCAUGGAUUUCGAUCCUGAAGGCCUGGACAAUAACCUCUCGACUGGGAAUCUGACUGGAACCCCUAGUCCCCUGCCAACCUUCGAGCCCGUCAAAGUAACAGAGAAUGCUCUAAGAAGAUUCAAAGUGAUUGAAGAAAUUGUUGCAACCGAGAAGUCGUACAUCAAAGGUCUGAAAGAACUCGAAAGUAUAUACAUCACCAGCGCAAUAUUGAUGGUAUCAAGUAGUAUCGGGAAAGAAAAGGAACCCAUGGUUCCGCCCGCUGAACGUAAGGUCGUCUUUAAUAACGUGGAAGCUAUAAUCGGAUUCCAUGUGGACGUUUUACUUCCCGACUUUCAAGAGGUGAUGGACCGGCUGCUGCAGAAGCAGGCAGCUAUCGCUUCGGGUAACCCAAAAGAAUCAACAGGCGGUAGCGAGGAAAAGCGAAGGCUGGAAAUAGAAAGUCAACUGACGAAUUUUGCUGCUGAAGAGUUGGCUCGGGUUUUCAUACGCCAUGCAGCUUUCUUGAAGCUAUAUUCCACCUACAUCACCCAGUUCGACACCGCUCUCGAACGUCUCCGCGAGUGGUCUGUGACCGCUCCGGCUCCCUCCACCAACGCUCCUGCGUGGGCCCCCAGUAGCAUGGCUCCUUCCAGCAACACCGCUGCCAAUCACCACAGCACAUUAAGUAGCGGUCAAAAGAAACGACUGAAAACCUACAUGAAGCGCUGUCGUGCCCACAGUUCUCAUACCCAGAUGAACCUCGAAUCUUAUCUUCUCAUGCCUGUCCAACGUCUUCCGCGUUACAAGUUACUCUUGGAGAAUUUGGUUUCAUGCACCCCUGAUCUGAGUUGUGUGUCAGCCCGGGAACUCGAAGCGAGGAACCAGAGCGGAGUGCUCACCGACAAGAAACUUCCACCUCUUACCCCUAACAAGGUCGCAGUAGAAGCUUUGAACAUCGUCAGUGCAGUGACGGCUGAGAUGAACGAAAGGAAACGAGAUUCAGAGGGCCGACAGAGAUUGCUUUACUGGCAGCAACGAUUUGGCAACAAGUUCCGUUCACCUCUUGUGCAGCCUCAUCGAACUCUGAUCAAGGAAGGCACGAUGACUCUGAUGAGAACGGUCAAAUUAACGACCAAAGAUUCCGUGACUAGCGGGGGCGGGCCUUCACAUCCCUCAUCGCGCAUCCGGGUUCCCGUACUCAAUACAGAUAGUCAACCGGUAGCUAUGAUCGUCCUUUUGUGUACUGAUCUGUUGGUAUUAGUGAAAGACCCGGGAGACGGUGGAAGAGCUUCAAACCAAUCGCCGGCCUCGUUAUUUCAAGCGCUCCGACUAGCCCAGCAUUCGCGGCCACACAUGAGUCUACCAGCGACGAUUUUCGGGGCCGACCAGACCAUGAUCAGGUUCGUCGACAAUCGGGGGAUCUUUUACUUCCAAUGCGACUGUCAACGGUCGGCUGCCGCUUGGAUGGUCGCCAUCAACCAGCAGGUCCCCUUGCUUUGA